UGCUAUUCUAAACUAUAUUAUUCAUCUAGUCAAUGAUAGUGUUGCAAUAGUGGAACGAUUAUCAUUAUGCACCUCAAAAUAUAGGUAAUUUGCCAGAUCGCACACAACCAACCAUUUAGUCAACUACAAUCUCUUAUUGCUUAUUUGUCAGUGAAGCGGUGAAAGAUCAGAUCACGUGUUUCUGCGACCGCCUCCAAGACCGGUUCUAUCUUGACUGAAGAGUAGACUUCCUUUAUUAAUGCACAAUGUUGUCAUUUGCCAGACGACAGCUGGCUUAAUCUACGGACGAUUUCAUACUCGUUUACAGUCAGGCGUGCGCUACACUCAUGCAAUGGGUACAUUCUGCUUGGUAAGAAGUGGCUGUUUCCUCCGUCAGGUUGUACCAGGCCUACCCACUGUGCUGCACCGCCAGUACAGCCUCGACAUUUCUGCAGGGCUUCUCCGCACUCAAGGCUAUAUCGAUGGACGCUGGGUGUCUGCACCGUCGACAUUCCCAGUGCUAGACCCAGCAACGGGAAAGGAGCUGGCCAAGGUAGCUGACUGUGGACCUCGGGAAGCACAGGACGCUGUCAAUGCAGCCUACAAGGCAUUUCAUUCAUGGAAGCGUCAGACUGCAAAGGAAAGGAGUGUCCUCCUUAGGAAAUGGUUCGAUCUCUUAAACCAACACAAGGAAGAUCUCGCAAAGAUAAUCACUGCAGAAUGUGGCAAACCCAUGAAAGAGUCGCUGGGGGAGAUUGCCUACUCAGCCUCUUUCCUGGAGUGGUUCUCUGAGGAGGCACGACGCAUGUAUGGAGACUUCGUUCCAUCCGCAGCCAAGGACCGCAAGAUCCUGCUGCUCAAGCAGCCAGUGGGGGUGGCUGCCAUCAUCACCCCGUGGAACUUCCCCAGUGCAAUGAUCACCAGGAAGGUGGGUGCUGCUUUGGCUGCUGGAUGCACUGUUGUGGUGAAGCCUGCUGAAGACACACCUCUGUCCGCGCUGGCUUUGGCUGAGCUGGCAGAACAGGCAGGCAUCCCUGCUGGGGUGUUUAACGUCGUUCCCUGCUCAAGGGAGAAGACCCCUUCUGUAGGAGAGCUUAUCUGCACCGACCCGCUUGUUGGGAAGGUUUCCUUCACCGGGUCUACAGCCACUGGCAAGAUCCUGCUGAAGCAUGCUGCGGGCACAGUGAAGAGGGUGUCCAUGGAGCUCGGGGGACAUGCGCCUUUCAUUGUGUUCGACAGCGCCGACGUGGACAAGGCUGUGGCAGGAGCGAUGGGAUCCAAGUUCAGGAACUCUGGGCAGACGUGUGUGUGCUCCAACCGUUUCCUGGUGCAGAGUGGGAUCCACAAUGUGUUUGUGGAGAAGCUGGGAAAGGCCAUGGACGCUGAGCUGAGGCUUGGACAUGGCUCUGACCCAAACACCACACAGGGACCCCUCAUCAACGCCCGUGCCGCAGAAAAGGUGGAGCAUCAGGUGAAAGAUGCAGUGUCCCAGGGGGCAGUUCUCUUGAGGGGAGGCAAACGUCUGGAAGGUUCCUUCAUGGAACCAACCCUAUUGGCCAAUGUCACAACUGACAUGCUCUGCACCAAAGAAGAAACCUUUGGGCCCUUGGUUCCAGUCCUCAAGUUCAACACCGAGGAGGAAGCUCUUGCCAUUGCUAAUGCAAGCCAUGUUGGCCUGGCAGGUUACUUCUUUUCACAGGACAUCAGUCAGAUCUGGCGGGUGGCAGAGCACCUGGAGGUCGGCAUGGUAGGGGUCAACGAGGGUCUGCUCUCCACCCCUGAGGCCUCAUUUGGUGGGGUCAAGCAGUCUGGACUGGGCCGGGAGGGCUCCAAGUAUGGCAUUGAGGAGUACUUGGAUGUCAAGUACAUGUGCUUCGGAGGCCUUACUCCUUGAGCGCCUGUGCCUGUGUGUAGCGAGGGAGGCAUCUUCAGACAACGCAUCACUUACAGUAUAUAGUACAGUCCUAGGGAUAGACAAUCAUCAAAUAAUGACACUGUGAAUUCAGUUUGUGAAUCCGUGCUGCACUUCAUGCAAACUACAUCCUGUUUAAAACACAGAAACAUUCUGUCAAAAUAAUAGGUCCAUCAUAAUCAUACCUUCUCCAACCAGUAAACAGGGAAAAUAAAUCUAAAAAGCACAAUCCUAUGUUAUUACCCUAUAACAGAAAAUAUGUAUUAAAAAUGCGAGUUUGAGGCUGUUAAUAAGUCAUUGAUGAACUCACUGAUUAAAAGACGUACCGAGUAAAUAAUCUAAUACUGAGUAACAGUUGCUGUAAAUUACUAAGAAACGCACAACAUUACACAGCUGUCUUUAGUGUUAGAUUGUGAUGCAACCUCCAUCUAAUUACAGUGCUAUGCCACUGCUGUCUGUGUUUCUGUGCCACGUAUGUAACAUGAUCCAGAAAACCUCUAAGUUGUAUGAAUUGCAAUACUUUUGUAAGUGAAUUGACUUGCAAUGUCAACGUAUUUCUGAAAGUUUGCAAAUGUAAUGUUGUCUUAAUUGGUUUAUUUCUUGGGUGAGCCUAUUUUAAAAUGUCUAUUUUUGUGAUGCUGCUAAAAGUUAACAUUUUGCCCACUUUAUAUUAAGUGGCUUUAGAUCUUAUGACCUGCAGUACUUAAUUAGACUACAAUUUACUUUUGUAUUGAUACAUACGGUAUCAUUGCAU